AUGGAGGCAAGACAGUUGUUUGCGAGUCUAUGUUUAGUUGUAGUCGCUACCCUCUGGACAGUGGAAGGCACAACCACCAAAUAUUACACAUUCGAGGAAGCAACACCAGGAACAGUUAUUGGGAACCUGUCACUGGAUCUGAGUAUCAACACAUCUGAUUAUCCAAACACAAGCUUCCGCUUCAUGCAGAAGGGAAAUUCGUCUUUGAUCAACAUGCGAAAGAAUGAUGGUCUUUUGACAGUGGGAGAGCGCAUAGACCGGGAAAGCCUAUGCCAAAGGUCUUCGCUGUGUCUCAUCACAUUUGAUGUUGUAGUUGUUUCGAAGGACAAGUUUGACCUUAUUCAUGUCGAGAUCCAGGUGAGAGACAUCAAUGACCACUCUCCUCAAUUCACCCAUAACGAGAUACAACUCGAGAUUGCAGAGGACGUGGCUGUGGGCACACAUUUCCUGUUAGAAGUCGCAAACGAUUUGGAUGUUGGAAUCAAUUACAUUCAAAGCUAUCACCUUCUUCGUAACAGCCAUUUCAGUAUCGAGACAAGGAGUGGGGAGGAGGGCAUUAAGUAUCCCCAACUUGUCCUGGUGAAGGAACUUGACAGGGAAGUAGAAGACACUUAUAAUCUUCAAGUUACGGUGAUUGAUGGUGGUAAUCCACCGAAGCUGGGAACGGUAACAGUUGAAGUCAAGGUUUUAGACUCCAACGAUAACAGCCCAAAGUUUGAGCUUGAUUCCCUUAAAGUCGGGCUUCACGAGGACGCACCGGCUGGUUAUCUUUUGUUCAAACUGCACGCAGUUGACCCUGACCAUGGUGUAAAUGGUGAUGUACAUUAUGACUUUGUGGAAGACGUCACAGAUGAGAUCAAGGACACUUUUUCUAUUGACACAUUGAGCGGUGCAGUGACUCUUAAAUCACAGGUAGACUACGAGUCCAGAAAAUCUUUCGAGUUCAAUGCACAGGCAUACGAUUUAGGUGUUGACUCUAUUCCGUCCAUUUGUAGAGUCACCAUCGAAAUUGUGGAUGUGAACGACAAUGCUCCUGAAAUCUCUAUUACACCGAUGACAUCCAUGAGCGAAGGUAUAGCUUACAUCACUGAGGCGGCAGCAGCAGAAAGUUUUGUUGCUCUCAUCAGUGCCACUGAUAAGGACCCCGGAGUCAACGGACAUGUGCGCGUAAGUUUGAACGGACAUGAACAUUUCAAACUUCAACAGGCUUAUGGUGACACAUUUAUGAUCAUCACAACAGCUACUUUGGACAGAGAGAAGAUUCCUGAAUACAAUCUGACGGUUACGGCUGAAGAUUUGGGUUCUCCCCCUUUUAGCACUUCAAGACAGUACACUAUUAGGGUGAGUGAUGAAAACGACAACCCUCCGCUGUUUAGUAAAUCUGUCUAUGAAAUUUCAGUUAUGGAAAACAAAGAACCUGGUUCUUACAUUGGCACUUUAGUUGCUCGUGAUCCAGAUGCAGGGGCAAAUGGAAAAGUGACUUAUAAAAUGAUUGAUACUGAGGUCGCCAGAGUUCUGCUGAGCUCUUUGGUUUCAUUGGACUCUGUUUCUGGCUCUUUGUUUCUAGUAAAAUCUCUGGAUUAUGAAUAUCUGAAGCAGAUAGAAGUGGGUAUUGUGGCUUCUGAUGGAGGUUCACCACCACUGUCGAGCUCAGCGCUUGUCAAGGUCAAAUUAGUGGAUGAAAAUGACAAUGCUCCUGUCAUUACUCACCCUGCCCUUGUUAAUGGUUCUGCACACGUGUCUCUACCCUACAAUACUCCAGCUGGUUAUGUUGCCCUAAGGGUUGAAGCCCACGACAACGAUGAUGGUGUGAACAGUAAACUAUCUUUCAGCCUACUAGAAGACAAUGAAAGAAUGUUUUUCAUAAACAGAAACACAGGCGAGAUCGCACUGAAAUACAGUCUAAGUUACAGGCAAGGAGACACUCUAGAGAUCAAGGUGAUGGUCACUGAUGGUGGCAGGGCACCUUUUUCUUGCACUGCCAAUAUACAUUUCGUGGUCACAGAGGAACUGCCUGUUGUGGAGCAGGUGGUCGUAUCUAUUGAACUGACUGAUGUAGAAGAAAGUGAAGAACAACAGAGGACAAACUUCAUUGUUAUUAUUCUUCUCGGAGCUGGUUGCGUGCUCUUAUUGGUUGCUAUUCUUGCAGUUGCACUCACACGCAGGCCCAGCCAAAGAAAAACAUACUCUGGGAAAGAGAACAGAACAGAGCAUUUCUUGGUUAAGGCUCCGGUCUCAACGGACACUAUUGACUCGUCCGAUUCCAGCGGAUGCCAUGAAUCCGGUGCUACUGUCAGUGAGCAAAUAUCCUCUAUGAGAGAAGACUCAUCUUAUUCUUAUGAGGAGCAAAGUCAAGAUUUGGACAGCAAGGUAGGAUUAUCUACUGCCAGCUUUUAUCCUUUAACCAUCUGGCAAGGUGACAGAUACACCGUUCAGAAGAGCGGGAUUGUUUCCACUGAUCAGACAAGCACGGAGGACAGUGGGAAAGGUGACAGUGACUUCAAUGAUAGCAACUCUGAUAUCGGUGGAGAAACAGGCCGGAAAUGUUCUACCAGUGGACAUCAGCAAUCUAUUAAUUCUGUCUGUUCUGUUUCAAUGGGUGGACUGUGCAAGGGAACAAGAGAGAUUUCAACAAACACCUCCAGCACUCCUGUCAGCAGCAGUGGGUACAAAAUAGCAUAUAAUAUGUCAGUGUUUGGACAUCAUUCAGCGAAUCAGAAUGUGUCAUCAAUCUGGAGAGACUAUGGCUACACUUUCCACCCCAGAGCAUCUGGACAAUGUCAAGUCCCUGUGCAUCACAGAAUCAGAAGCCAUCCUUCUCAGUUCUGUCAGCACGAUAACGAGCCAUGUUCACAUCUGGAGAGACGACCACAACUGACUACAGAGGAUCUGGCAGAGGAGGAGCUCAACAGAUAUCAGGGUGUACAGCAUUUGAAUGAUGGAAGAUAUGAACUACAAAUAAAUCAGAUGGUGACAGAUGUGGAGAAUAACAUCACAAUGAACACACAUCCACUGGACACCACAGUAUUAAUCAUCCAGCAUGACUGGCGAGACUUCCUGCAGUCACAGGAUAUCCUGGAGAAGAGAAGCCCCUCCCCUCCAUCACUCUCCUCUGACAAGAUGAGCUCAUCAAUCAGCAUGACCACCCUAUCAGACGGCAGCUCCCCUGUAAGCCCCGCCCUCAUUUCCUCUUCUAUCUGUUCUGGUGUUGGCUGCUUGUGUAAAUGCAGGGUGGUUGUUGGCUGA